GCCAACCAUUUAUACCCCUAUCGCCCUCCCUUCCUUCCCCAACCCACGCACGCAGCCUCACUAGGGUUUUAUCGGCGGCGGCGGCGAGAUGGUGCAGCGCCUCACCUACCGGAAGCGUCACAGCUACGCGACCAAGUCCAACCAGACCCGGGUCGUCAAGACCCCUGGUGGGAAGCUUGUGUACCAGUACACGAAGAAGAGGGCGAGCGGGCCCAAGUGCCCCGUCACCGGGAAGAAGAUCCAGGGGAUCCCCCACUUAAGGCCUGCUGAGUACAAAAGGUCCAGGUUGUCUAGGAACCGCAGGACUGUGAACCGUCCAUAUGGUGGAGUACUCUCUGGAAUUGCUGUUAGGGAGAGAAUCAUCCGUGCUUUCUUGGUUGAGGAACAGAAGAUUGUCAAGAAGGUCCUGAAAAUACAGAAAACCAAGGACAAGACAGCUGCAAAAUAGAGCUCCAGGAAUGGAAGCCUAGCACUGUUUUGUACACUGCGAAAAGUAUUUUUGGUGGAUGGAAAAUCUAGUUGCCUUGUGUUGAGCAUUUAGCAUGUGAGACAUACCUGUUGAAGUGUUGAGUUUAGAGAGUCUGGACACUGGAAUAUCCCUUUCACCUUUGAAUUGUUGGAAUAUUGGGACAUCUGUUCCCCAAGUUGCUUUGUUAUGAAUUCAGACCAUAUCUGGGUAAGAUCAGCUUGUCGAAUACCUUGUGGCUUGUAGCAACUUUUUCGUCCAUGUUGCUUCUUGUUGCUCUUCAUUUCCAUUCUAUUUCUUGCA